UCGGCUCGACCCACCCCCCUUCUUCAAGCCUCCCUCCCCCUCUCUGCUAGCUAGGUCUCGUCUCGUCAGCACGCCCGCGCCGCCGCCCCCUCCCGUCGCCGCUGCCGUAGACUGACGGAACUCCUCCAGGCUCGCCGUCUCCACAGCCCCCGGCGCGCGCGGAGGCAGGUUCAGUCCCGCCUCUCCCCCAGGUUCGCCUCCCUCGCUCGCUGCUGCGCCGUCGGAGGUUCUAGCGAGGAUGUCGUGGUGCACGAUCGAGUCCGACCCCGGUGUUUUCACCGAGUUGAUUCAGGAGAUGCAAGUAAAAGGUGUACAGGUGGAGGAGCUUUACUCUCUCGAUGUGGACUCUCUUAGUCAACUACAGCCAGUGUAUGGGUUAAUUUUUCUCUUCAAGUGGAUGCCUGGAGGAAAUGAUGAACGGCCUGUUGUCAGCGACCCAAACCCAAACCUCUUUUUUGCUCGCCAGGUGAUCACGAAUGCAUGUGCCACUCAAGCUAUCCUCUCAAUCCUCAUGAACCGCCCAGAAAUCGACAUAGGCCCAGAGCUAUCAAAUCUGAAGGAAUUCACAGGGGCUUUCGCCCCUGACAUGAAGGGCCUGGCUAUCAACAACAGUGACUCCAUCCGCGCUGCCCACAACAGCUUUGCACGGCCAGAGCCGUUUGUCUCUGAUGAGCAAAAGGCCGCCACCAAGGAUGAUGAGGUCUACCACUUCAUAAGCUACAUACCGUUCGAGGGCGUCCUGUACGAGCUGGACGGGCUGAAGGAAGGGCCGAUCAGCCUGGGGCAGUACUUGGGCGGGCCUGAGGACCUCGGGUGGCUGCAGAUGGUGCAGCCAGUGAUCCAGGAGAGGAUCGAGCGCUACUCGCAGAGCGAAAUCAGGUUCAACCUCAUGGCCAUCAUCAAGAACAGGAAGGACGUGUACACCGCCGAACUGAAGGAGCUGGAGAAGAAGAGGGAGCAGAUCCUUCAGGAGCUGAGCAACGAGGCCACCGCUGCCGCAGAAAAAGAGUCCCUGAACGGCGCACUGGCGGAGGUGGCGUCGGCGGUGGCGUCCGUGGGCGAGAAGAUCGUGAUGGAGGAGGAGAAGUUCAGGAAGUGGAAGACGGAGAACGUUAGGAGGAAGCACAACUACAUCCCGUUCCUGUUCAACCUCCUCAAGGCGCUGGCAGAGAAGAAGCAGCUGACGCCGCUUGUUGAGAAGGCCCGGCAGCAGAAGGCCCCCGCCCCCGCCACCGGCGCCAGCGCUAGCACGAGCUGACCGGGUAGCUGGACCUUUCAUGUUUUGAGACUGCAUCAUGCUAUCGGACACUCGUGCAUACGGUACCUAGUUGGCAGCUUGGAGAUGUUGCUGCUGCUGCUGAGGCCAUAAACCAUUUUCUGCUGAAUUCUUCUUGUGCGGCGUGCUGGAUUAUUGUUUUUUUAAUGCUGGUUAGAGCUGUAGAAACGGUCUAUUUAAUAGAAUGAUGGUGUUGCCUGGUA